GGUGACAGUAUGAAAAAAAAAAUUAUAAUUUUUAAAAAAAAUUUUUAUUAUUUUAAAUCUUGGCCUAAAUUUAUGAAUAACAAUUAUUUAUUUGCAAACUUUAUAACAGAAACAAAGAAAAACGUGUUUUUUUUUCAAAAUUGUUGGUCUGUUUUUGUUAAUUUAGCAGAAAAUAAAAAAAAAAACCCCAGUAGUGAUUAAAUACCACCAAAACAAAGCUCUAGUUGUGUGAAGAAAAUGAUAAAUUUUUAGUUUGGGUACAAAGUACAAUGUUGACCGCGCAAUUGUCAUUCACAGUGUGUGAGCGCUGAAACCUGAAAAUUGGCCUGGGCAGGAAGGGGGUAAAAUGCCCUGUAUGGA